CACGUACCAGUCCCGGCCCGCGGCCGGGUGGUUGGAGCCCAACCGUUCUACAGCACGCGAUGAGGGCCAUAUUGGAUAUACUUGGCAAAUGUCCACUUUGCUGUAUUAAUUGCUUGUAAUCAUAAUCGACUAAGGGGGGAGUAGACGCGCCAUUUAUUUUUUUUACAUGAGAAGUUUUAAUGGUUAUUAUUAGUAUUUGUCGGGCUGCAACGUGAAUGAACGGAAGCUGUGGACCGAUACAGCGUCGCCGCUUCUGACUUUGCUUCAUCCGACAGGAGGAUGCUUUGGAUCUUGGAGUUGGUGAUUAUGGCGCUCACACGGUCUCUGCCAGCAGCACCAGCUGCCUCCUUAAAACCAUAACUGGCUUAAAAAAACGGGACCAAGUGACCGGACGAGUUCCUGUCAGCUACCGCCACAUUGCGAGAGGAGGUAGCCUGCUGGAAGCCUCCUUGUGCUCCUGGAUUCCCCUCCGAUGGCGGAGGAGGAGGAAGAUGAGGUGGUCGUGGCUAUGGAGUAUCUACUGGAGCAGGUGAUGCUCAAGGACCUCAGCAAAAGGCUCCAGGUGGGCCCGGAACUAGUGGCGCUAAUCCUGCAAGAGGACAAGUGCCCGGAGCUGGAGCAGGACCAGGGAAUGCUGGACAGGAUCGUGGAGACGGUGGCCAGUUCGUGGGUCAACUCCAGCAACUUCAAGGUGGUAUUGUCAGGGAUGGAGCUACUAUCAGCGCUUGUCAGCAGACUGCAGGAAAGAUUCAGGAUGCAGGUUGCGACAGUUCUACCCAGCUUAAUAGAUCGUCUGGGAGAUGCUAAGGACCAAGUCCGGGACCAGGACCAAGCACUUCUACUGAAGAUCAUGGACCAGGCUGCUAACCCACAGUAUGUUUGGGAGCGAAUGAUUGGAGGCUUCAAGCAUAAGAACAACCGGACCCGAGAAGGACUCUGCCUCUGUCUCAUCGCCACCUUAAAUGUGUUUGGAUCUCAGAGUCUGACGCUGAACAAAAUAGUUCCUCACAUUUGCCACCUCCUGGGAGACCCGACAAGUCAGGUGCGUGAUGGCGCCAUGAGCUGUCUGGUGGAGAUCUACCGCCAUGUUGGCGAGCGAGUGAGGAUUGACCUGGGAAAGAAGGGCCUACCUCAGUCACGAUUGAACGUCAUCUUCAGUAAAUUUGAUGAAGUCCAAAGGUCUGGAAACAUGAUCUUGUCGCCUGUCUCUGAUAAAAACUUUGAGGACGAUGACUCCCUGGAUGGUGGCUGCUCUUCCACCUCAUCCAAAGCAGCAUCAGUGGCUGGGAGAAAGACUGCCAGUGUGGGUUCGCUCCGACGCACAAAAUCAGCAGGGAGGGAUGGGUCUGCUGCCGGCGCAGUGGAUGAGGACGACUUCACGCAGGCCUUUGAUGAUGUUCCCAUCAUGCAGCUCUAUUCCAACCGGGAAGUAGAAGAGGCCAUGGCCAAGAUUCGAGAUGUGCUGUCAGACGACAAGCGUGACUGGGAACUCCGUGUGGCGGCGCUGAAGAAGGUACGCUCACUACUGUUGGCUGGAGCAGCAGAGUUUGACGGCUUCCUGCAGCAGCUGCGGCUUCUCGAGUCGGCAUUCAAACUGUCGGCCAAAGACCUGCGUUCUCAGGUGGUUCGGGAGGCCUGUAUCACUCUUGGACACCUGUCCUCAGUGCUCUCCAACCGCUUUGAUCAUGCUGCUGAGGCCAUCAUGCCGACCCUCCUCAACCUGGUCCCCAAUAGUGCCAAAGUCAUGGCCACCUCUGGAGUGGCCGCCAUCCGCCUCAUCCUAAGACACACACACUCCCCUCGUCUGAUCCCCAUCAUCACCAGCAACUGCACCUCUAAAUCUGUAGCCGUCAGAAGGCGCUGCUAUGAAUUCUUGAACCUGCAGCUGCAGGAGUGGCACAUGAGCGCUCUGGAGAGGCAUGGAGCCGUUGUAAUGGAAACAAUAAAAAAAGGCAUUCAUGAUGCAGACGCUGAGGUGCGCUCUUUGGCCAGGAAGUGCUACUGGAACUUCCAUGGUCAUUUUAGUCAGGAGGCAGAGCUGCUGUUCCAAAGCUUGGAGUCGUCCUACCAGAAAGCUCUGCAAGCCCACCUGUGUAGUGGAGACACGUUGAUGUCGCUGCCGGCCUCUGAUCGCUCCUCGUCCUCCUCACAGGAGAGCCUCAAUCGACCUUUGCCUGCAAGAAGCGCCACUGGGAGGAGCAUGACCAGAUCCAAAGUGGGCCAAGCCUCAAGACCACCCAUUGGCCCCUCCUCUUCUGGAUCCCUGCAGCGUUCUUGCAGCGACGUGGAUGUCAACGCGGCAGCCACUGCUCGCACCUGGAUGCCUGCUGUGUCCUCGGCAGUGCAGUUAUCGAAUUUGGCCUUCAGUUCGGCCUCUGCUCUUCCGCCUGGAUCCUAUGCUUCACUCGGUCGAGUCCGAACACAGAAAACAAACACAAGGAACCGUCCAACCGUGCCAGACUGUCGGGGUCGCAGCAAAGGGAAAGUCGUCUCACAGUCUCAGCCCGGCAGCAGGUCUGGGUCCCCAGGCAGAGUGCUGAGCUCCACCUAUGGGAGGAUCCCCAGGACAAACAUAGGGAGUACUAGCAAUGGCAAUGGCGCCAACAGCAGCCUGAGGGACAGCAGGCGACCACGAGGCCACCGCAGCCAGGGCUGCAGCCGAGAGACCAGCCCCAGCAGAUUGGGCUCUGUACGAAGCCGAAUCCCUCGACCCAGCAUGAGCCAGGGUUGCAGCCGUGAAACCAGUCGGGAGAGCAGCUGUGACACCAGCCCUUCCAGGGGUUUCUCCCCCCUGGACCGGCUAUCUCACCAGGCUCGGAUCUCGGCCUCCGUCAAUGCCAUGAGGAUCCUCAACACAGGCACCGAGGUGGAGGCUGCUGUCGCUGAUGCACUGCUCUUAGGAGACUUGAGGAGUAAGCGACGGUCGGGGCGACGGCGCUUUGAGUCGCCGGGUAUGUACUCUGAUGAUGAUGCGAACAGUGAUGCCUCUAGUGCCUGCUCGGAGCGAUCGUACAGCUCGCGCAACGGUGGCUUGGCGCCGCAUCAUGUGCGUCAGACGGAGGAUAUGGCUGAGGUUCUGAACCACUGCGCCAGCGCCAACUGGUCCGAAAGAAAGGAGGGCCUGCUUGGAUUGCAGAACCUGCUGAAGAGCCAGAGAAUUCUCAGUCGUGUAGAGCUGAAGAGGCUCUGUGAGAUCUUCACCAGAAUGUUUGCAGACCCUCACAGCAAGGUCUUCAGCAUGUUCUUGGAGACUCUGGUGGACUUCAUAGUUGUGUACCGGGAAGACCUGCUCGACUGGCUUUUCGUCCUGCUCACCCAGCUGCUGAAGAAAAUGGGCGCCGACCUCCUGGGCUCUGUUCAAGCCAAAGUCCAGAAGGCUCUGGACGUCACACGUGAGUCUUUCCCGUACGAGCAGCAGUUCAACAUCCUGAUGCGGUUCAUCGUGGAUCAGACGCAAACGCCCAACCUGAAGGUGAAGGUGGCCAUCCUGCGGUACAUUGAGGCACUGGCCCGUCAGAUGGAUCCAUCUGACUUUGUCAACACCAGCGAGACACGCCUGGCUGUCUCACGCAUCAUCACCUGGACCACCGAACCCAAAAGCUCUGAUGUCCGGAAGACCUUUCAUAACUGGGUUGGGGAGGAUUUGUCAGGCCGAUGCGGCACGGUGACCUCUCUACCUGGAGAGGGCAACCUGGAGGAGAGGUGCAAGCAGGCGGCCCAGGUGGUGCUCAUCGCUCUGUUUGAGUUGAACACACCAGAGUUUACCAUGCUGCUCGGCGCUCUACCCAAAACUUUCCAAGACGGGACCACCAAGUUGUUGCACAACCACUUGAGGAGCACGAGCGCCAACAGCGGCAUCAACAUGGCUUCUUCCAGUAGCCCCACGGGUCGAACAACUCCACGCCAGCCAAGCAGCCGCAGCAGCCCACUAACAUCCCCCACCACAUGCUCUCGUGGGGGGCUUUCUCCCAGCAUGCUAGAGUACGACAGUGAGAACCUGAACUCUGAGCAGAUUUACAGCUCCUUGCGUGGUGUCACCGAGGCCAUCCAGAACUUCAGCUACCGCAGUCAAGAGGAACCGGUGGAGACGUACAGGCCAGAUGAAAAACGAGACGCCAUGUGUGGAGGCAGCACUCCCUUACACUCGGACUUUAGACUGCAUGGUGACAUGAUGGAGGCCGGGGGAACAGCCGUGGACAACAAGACAUCUUUAGUGUACACGCCUUCACCACGCUUGUUUCCAAUGGCGCGUCUUCGAGACUACAACCCUUACAACUACACAGACAACAUCAGCACUUUGGACAAAGCCAGCCUUAGGGAGACGCUGUUUGAUAACAAUGCAGAGCUACGGCUAGAUGGUUACCAAAAAGAAUGUGUUGAAAACAAGAUCCAGGAACCCAGAAAUGUCCCAGGAGCGACCGAGCGGCUGCAGCUGGUGGGGGAGCUGCUGAAGGAGCUCUCCCAAGGGCCGGCAGGUGAGAGUGGCACCGAGGAGCGACGUGCCACCAUGCUGGAGCUGCUGAAGGUGGCCCGAGAUGACAGUCUGAUGGUGUGGGAUGAGCACUUCAAGACCUUGCUGCUGCUGCUCCUGGAGAUGCUGGGAGACAAAGAUUACAUGAUCCGGGCGCUGGCCUUGAGAGUCCUGAAGGAAAUCUUGAGAAACCAACCAGCCCGCUUCAAGAACUAUGCUGAGCUCACCAUAAUGAAGAUGCUGGAGGCUCAUAAAGACUCGCACAAGGAGGUGGUGCGUGCGGCAGAGGAGGCUGCAUUCACACUGGCGGGCUCAAUACACCCGGAGCAGUGCAUCAAAGUCCUAUGUCCCAUUGUGCAGACCGCUGACUACCCCAUCAACUUGGCCGCCAUCAAGAUGCAGACAAGGGCCAUUGAACGCAUCAUAAAGGAACCGCUUCAUCAGCUGCUGCCUGACAUCAUUCCGGGCCUCCUGCUGGGCUACGACAGCACUGAGAGUAGUGUGAGAAAGGCCAGCGUCUUCUGCUUAGUGGCCGUCUACGCCGUGAUCGGCGAGGAGCUCAAGCCCUACCUGUCUCAGCUCACAGGCAGCAAGAUGAAGCUGCUCAACCUGUACAUCAAGAGGGCCCAGACGUCCACCAGCAAUAGCAGCAGCUCCUCCGACAUCUCCUCCUACUAACACUCACCUUCCCACCAUUUACCACCUUUUGCUCAUCUCGCAUUGAAAAUCAGCUUACCCGCCAUCUUGAAAGCAAAGCCCCAUCCUGAGCUUAUUCCUUGCUACGCAUAGUUGAUGGCGAGGCCAUGUGCCAGAACAAAGUCCUCCCUUCGCUUGUACAUCAUCUGUUUUGCAUCAGUCAGUGUUUAUGCUCACAAGCUUCCAGCUCUUUCUUUGUUACUAUGAAUAACCAACUGCUGCACUCCGCUUUGGAACUUUGGACCACGACAGAAAAUCUUUUCAAAACUGACUGGAAUCAUUUGGCUGGCCAAUGAUUUGAAGCUCAGCGCAAGAACAUCUCCAUAUCUUUGUUUAAACAUGGAAUAUCAUUGUGAAAAAUUGGAACAUUUCAAAGAAGAAGCAAUAUUCCAUUCUUCUUGGCAACACUAAACACGCAACUUGAGCGUCUUAGAGAUUCUGCAGUGAGAAACUCCACAUACGUAUGCAAAUGUGACGUAAUUUCUAUGUAAGAUGCACCUAAGCUUGUAGCGGGAGAAUGUUACUUUUCUUAUAUUCCACUAUGGAGGAGUGGAUUAGCAUCAGAAGAGUCCAGGUACUCUGGUGCACUACUAAGUGAAGACUACUGUCAACAUUUCCUGUAUUAUAGACAGCAUAAAGGUCAAGGUGAAAAAAGCCUCCAAAAGCCGUCAGUCAGUGUUUUGUGGGAAGACGUUACAAACAUGCUUUAAAAAUGUGUUACAUAAAAGACCUAAAAAAAUGUGAAGCAUAAAACGAUCACCAGCUGCAGCAGAGAAGGUAGCUCAUGACGAGAAUCACCUUUGCAGUGAAUGUCAUUGUGAGACGUCAUGCGUGUCAAAUCCAGUACUUCCGUUAGUACACUUCAAUAUAUAUAUGUACUAUGUACGCUAUGUACUUAGUUCCUGAGGGCACACGUUUUCAGUACAGUGCCCUAGUGGGUAUUUAUCUGCUUCUUGUUUUUCCUUCUCUCCUUUUUAAUGCUGAAUUGCAACCACUCCAGUUUGUCCCUCCCCUUCCUCUACAUACUACUAUGACCGAGGACCGAGGACGGUGUCUUGAGUGUACUGCGGUCGGCUGUAUUUUGCUGAACACAAUUAUGCACUCGAAAUGUGCACGUACAGAGUUCGCAAGUGCUCCGCAAGUGGCCGAACGUUAAACCACUUGUCGGGUGCUGAAUGUCACGCUAAUGAUUUUAGAAUGAUCAGUAAAGUCCUACUGAAAGUCUGAUAGAGUCUUUAGACUUAAGGUGUCACUAUGUAGUGGGAAGUCAUCACACAGCGUCACCGCAUCAUUUUGUAUUCUUGUCAGUGUUUUGAAAUGUGCCUCACCCCUGCUUCAGAGCUGCACAUCGUCUCAUCACAAGCUUUGACAGGACAGGCCCAUACAUGUUCCAUUGUCUAACCCCAACCUGGCCUGUUCAAACCCAGCAGUGGGCGGAAUGUUGUCCGGUCCUAGCGACCCGGUUUCACUGUCAUCCCACAUCUUGAACAUGUGCCUUUAGUUGAACAUUAACAAUCUUUUCCUAUGGCCUAACUAAACCCAUUUUAGAGCAAAUGGGGGUGCAUCAGUGAUAAGAAGUUGUUAGUGUGAUGCUGAGAAUUUAAGCACCCUGAUGCAUGCCCCCCCAACACCCCCCCCCCACGCAAUACUAUAUUUAUACUAUAUGUCACCAGUGAUGCAAAAUUGAAAUAAACUAUUAGAUUGUUGUUGUCUGUUUACUUGUAUACCUUAUCUUCAAAUACUGUAGAGCAUGUAUCAUUGGCCACCAGCAGAUGGCGUGCUGAGCCUUUUUUCCCCAAGACAUACUGGCGGAUUAUUAGAAUUAUUUCAUAUAAUUAUUUUGCCCCCCAAAAUACUACUGUAUAUGUAUAUGUAUAUGUUGAUAUACAGAUGAUAUACAGUGAGAAAGUGUCCUGACUGAUUUUGUUUGUCACACUUAAAUGUCUUGGGUCAUCAAAUGAAUCAAAAUAAAUUAAAUUAAGAUAAAAUAGCCAAGUUUUUAAAUGAAACAUUAUUAUUUAUGGAGGAAAAAAAAAUCCAAACGUACAUGGCCCUGUGUGGAAAAAGUACAAGUGAUUGCCCCCUAUCAGUCUGGAAAAGGUUAUAAAGCCAUUUCUAAAGCUUUGGGACUGCAGCAAACAACGUUGAGAGUCAUCAUGUACAAAUGGUGAAACCAUGGAACGAUGUCGUGGCCGGACAACCAAAACGACUCCAAGAGAUCAGCGACGACUCACCCAAGAGGUCACAAAAGGCCCUAGAACAACAUCCAAAGAACUGCAGGCCUCAGUCAGUGUUCAUGACUCCACCAUAAGAGACAUAAGACAAUCUGUUUCCACCUCUGUUGUCAUUGAGACACCAUCCAGAUGUUUGUGUUGGUAUGGUCCAGGUCCUAUUGUGGACUCUGCUAUAAGUCUUUAAACAUGGCCGUGGAUCACCGGAGCCUAAUGGGCUGUUUUUCCUAGUACACUCGUGGAGACGCAUCCUCCGUCUGUCUUUCACCAGCCCAUGCUCCCGCUGCUCCAAAUUAAUUUCAUUAAGGGGCCUAUUUGCAGCCCCCCUCCGUCCUCUGCUUGUUUAAAAGCCCUCAUUGCGCAUGAUUAGCGCGCGGUUCCCCAACCUGGCAGCGAGUGGCGGCUGGGUCGACAGGCCACGCAAAUGAAAGAGAACAACUUCAUUGUGAGAUGACUGGCCCAUAAAUCAUCGGCCCUUUUCUAUAAAUCACGGCAGAUGGCAGGGAGCGAGCCGAGGCUCGGGGGAGCUUUGCGCCGCCCCCGGUGCAUGAUGGGAGAGGCCGGGCUCGGCGUCAGCGAGGCUAGCGGAGGAGCGGGGUCACUUCCAGUUUGCGGAUGGGAAGACGUGAAGUGGCAGAGGCCGAAGCGCUCAACUUCUCCCAUCCACGUAGCUGAUGAGAUGCAGACCCCGCAGGUCCUCGCAGCGGGCGCCGUUUAGCGGGCCUCAGCUGUCUGCUUAAUAUGGAGACAACUUCAUGGACUGUCGUCCC